UAAACCCACCCUUAGUGAAAAUCAGAAAGUCCGUUGCUUUGACCGGAACUAGGGCUUUCACUACAAACCACUCUCCAUCAAUUCCGAUCACGCAAAAUGUUCAGUGCACUGCGUUUCAACCUGAAAUCGAGCCUCCGCCGCUUCUCAACGGCGAUUAAUCGCCGCCACAUCGAGGACGAAGGCGACUGGCUUUACUCCUCCGAGUGGUGGGCCGGCCACCCCUCUUCCAGGCGCAACGUCUUCCGGGAAAACUCCCGCCAUGGAAACGGUGUCGUAUCUGUUCUAUCUCACCCUUGCUCCAAACCAGACAGAUUUUACUGGGGAAAAACUGAAAAAUGGCUCCAACAGAGGCGCGAUGAGAUAUUUCCAGGUUCGAAAAAUGGCGGAAACUUCAGAGUUUGUGGUUAUGAAUGGAGAACGCUUCACUUCAAUGACUUCACUCGUGAAAGCACCGUUAAAGUUUUGGUUGCGCGUACGGAAGAAGAAGAAGGAGAUGAAGCUGGCUCCGUUUGCGUUAUGCAGCAGCCACGUUGUCUGGCUGUACCAUAUGUGAAGAGUAUGAUAUCUGCUGGAUUGUCUACCAUCACAUCAUGCAAUUAUGAGCUCAUGAAGAAUGCUGUACUUGGGAAACAAAAUUUGAAUGUUCUAUGUAUCGGUCAUGGCGGAGGAAGCAUACCUUUGUUUAUGGCUAGUGAAAUCCAAGGUGCUGUGGUUCACACGGUUGAGAUUGAUCCGAUUGUAGUCUCAGCUUCAACACGAGCAAUGGGGUUUCCUGCCUUCACAGUUACGUCUCCCAAUGGAAAGCGUGCUCGUGCAGUGCCAGACCCUCUGGAUGAGGUUCUGUGGAAAGGCACUCAUGAAAGGAUGCUACUGUUCAGUUGGGAUGCGGAGAAGUUUGUUCAAGAGAGCACCAAUGUCUACGACAUCAUCUUCAUUGAUGCCUACGACGGGGAAGACAUCUUCCCACGCAAGCUGUGGGAUCCUGAUUCCCCGUUUCUGCAAGCUCUGGGGAGCCGGCUCCAUCCGGAUCACGGCACAGUUGUGGUGAACCUGCACGCUGACGUGGAGGUGGACUUGGAUGCAGCAGAUGCACCGCAGGUCUCGUUCUUCCAUAUGGGAAAGCACGUGUCUCGAGUAUGUGACGCAUAUGUAGAUGUGUUGCUAGAGAGGGGCAAUGGUUUUGGUUAUACUGUUCCUGUACCGUGGGUGUAUAAUACAUCUCUUGUUGUAUGUCGAGGUUUGGGCAGACCUAAGGAUAGUAUGGAGUGGAAUACAAUUUUGAACACUCUGAUUUGCAAAGGUCUUGAGGUGGACAAACUGCUUAACAUGCCAUUUUCUUGUUUGCAGUAUGUUAAAGGAGGUUUUACUCCGCUGGAGUGAUGAUCAAUUCAACAUUUGUCUCUCAACUUCUUUAUCA